GUUCAUCAGUUCUCUCAGAGUCGUCGAGCGAGCAACAUGAACGUAGUAAAAUCUUUGUGUAUUUUGGGUCUGGUUCUCGUCAGCUUGAUUGCCACCCAAGCAGCCGAUGAGCAGGUGGUAGGCGGUGUCAGCCAGUUGGAGGGAAACAGCAGGAAGGAGGCUCUGGAACUUCUGGAUGCCACUCUCGCACAGUUGGCCACCGGAGAUGGUCCCAGCUACAAGGCAAUCAAUGUGACCUCUGUGACGGGUCAGGUCGUAGCUGGAAGUCUUAACACCUACGAGGUGGAACUUGACAAUGGAUCCGACAAAAAGCAGUGCACCGUGAAGAUCUGGACUCAGCCAUGGCUCAAGGAGAACGGCACCAACAUCAAGAUCAAGUGCUCUGGUGACGAUGGCGAACUGGACCGCACCUGGUAGAAGAUUCUUCGUGAGAAUUGCCCUGAAAGAAAUAAUAAUAAAAAAAAAAACAAGAUACACGUGAUUU